UUAGCAAUUGUGAAUUUGAUUGUGCAGCUGCUGGGAGCAUUUUUAUGUGAAGAGGCAGCUACACAUUACAGACAUCUGUCGGCACCAGCUCGUCGGUUGCACGACUAUGCAUUGCAUAGGCUGAAUGCAAUUGGUCCCACUCAUCCUAAAGAAUUCAAGAGAGUUCUACACUCGUUUCCUGCUCUGAAACUGAAGAUUGAAGCUUCGAUAAGGCAUCAGAGCGGCCGUGUGGUCGCAGCUCAGCAGGCGCAGCGUGCCAGUACUGCUCGAAAAUGUGAACAAUUGCCAGCACCAGUUCCUAAACCCGCUGCUAUUAAAUUGAAAGUGGAUUUUAGCACUUUUGGCUCAAACUAG